UAUAUAUUAUAUUGUCAAAUGUAUACCUAAAUAUUCUGUUGGUAGUAUUGUAUGUUGGCUUUUUGUAGUAGUAGAAAUAAAUAAACAAUUUUACUUGAUCUAAUUUUUCGUUAUCGAAGUUUAAAAGAAUUACAAGUUUUUAACAUACGUAAAAUAUUCUAUGACCACCAUGAGCAUGAUAAAUGUAAAAAUUUAAAAUUAUUUUUUUUAAAUUUUCAAUUAGGUUUAUAAUUUCCUGAGCGUUAUCACCCAAAGUUCUGGUGAUUUAAUACUAUCAUAUUCAAAACCUAUAUUUUUUUUAUCAAAUAAUUUAUAAUAAAUAUUGUUCUGUAAGCAUAGGUUAACUAAACGUUAUUUAACAAAUUAUGUUUAAUUUUUCAUUGUGGUUAUAUUAUUUAAUGUUUAAUUAUUAACAUCCUCAAACAUGGAAACAACUAAACGACCACUAAAUGAAGAUGAGACAGAUAAACAAGAACUAUCAUUGCCGCAGAAAAAGCACUACAGGCAAAGGGCUCAUUCAAAUCCUAUUGCCGAUCAUGAUUUCAUUUAGUAAAUACUUAUUUUAUUACAAGUUGAUUUAAAAAAACUUAAUUUAAUAAUAAUGAUUUUAAUUUUAAUAAAGUCCGAGUUGUCCAGAAAAUUAUGAUUGGUCAAUACUAUAUCCAGAUAUAAUGAAAAAAGAUUCUAACAUUUUUAACAAACGCGUUGAAAUGUUGGAUAUCGGAUGUGGUUAUGGUGGUCUUUUGGGUAAAUAUUUAAUACUAAAUAAUGUGUAUUCAACAAAAAAGUAUAUUUAAUAUAUUUUAGUUACUUUGUCACCCUUGUUUCCAAAUUCAAUGAUUCUUGGCAUGGAGAUUAGAGUGAAAGUAUCUCAAUAUGUAAUUGAAAGAAUUAAAGCUCUUAGAGCCCAACAACCAAACUGCUACAGUAACAUAGCAUGUAUAAGAACAAAUGUAAUCAAGUACUUACCAAAUUUUUUUAAAAAGGGCCAAGUGAGUAAACCAAUACAAUAAAUGCUACAAUAUUAAUGGUAUAGCUUAAAUAAUAUAUUUUUUAGAUUAAAAAGAUGUUCUUCCUUUAUCCAGACCCCCAUUUCAAAAAGUCUAAACACAAAUGGAGAAUUAUUAAUGAUACCACUUUGUCUGAGUAUGCGUAUGUGCUGGCUGAACAAGUAUAUAUUAAUUAUUUUUUUAAAAAUCCUUGUAAUUCAGUUUUGUAUAUCUACUGUUUUUAGGCAUUAGUGUAUACUAUUACUGAUGUUGAAGAUUUGCAUGAAUGGAUGGUUAAACAUUUCUCUGAACAUGGGCUUUUUAAACGUAUAGAAGAAGUAAAUUUAGUAAGUUUACACAAGUGUUAUGUUUAUAAUUACUUAAUUUAACAUAUUUUUUGAUGGUUACAGAAAGAUGAUCCUGUUGUUGAUAAACUUUAUGAAAGUUCCGAAGAAGGUAAAAAAGUAACACGAAAUAAUGGAAACAAAUUUGUAGCCGUUUUUAUGCGAAUAAGUAAUCCUGUUUUGUAAUAUAAACAAAAUUAUAAAAAUAAUUUUUACAUAAUAGUAAUUAAUAUUAAUAACAGCUUUAAGUGAAUUGAAAUCGAAUAUAAGGUAUUUUCUUCUUUUAAAAAAUGGUCCCACUUCUGUUAGUAGAGUUCUCUACUCAAAUGUGUCCACAAGAUGUUCCUUUGCUGAUUAUAUCUGCACAUUAACCAUUCUCAUCCCACCCAUGACUAAGGUUCAACUGCCUUCUACCUAAACUUAACCUGUCUGUCCGCAGAGUUACUUCUGCAUUUCUUACCUCAAUAAUUUAAUUACCAAGUCCUCAACUCUUCUAUUCAAAGUAAACUAAAGUUCUCUAUCAUAGUUAAAGACCUGAUUUAUAUUCUCUUAAAACACCUAAAAUAUGAUGCUUAUAUUCUCUUAUAAACCAUAAAAUAUUCUCAUUAUAUUCUCUUAGAAGUUUGAAAACUAUGCAAAAAUAAUCAAUGAACAUUAAUGUAUGCUUUAAUAUGCAAUUUUCAUGUUUAGUGAAUGGUAACUUAUAAUAGGUAGGUACUAAACACUAAAUCUUUUUAUCAAAAUGAAAAAAAAAAAAUUAGAAAUGUUCAAAAUAUAUUUUUCUAGGUACUGUAUUAUUAAAAUUAAUAUUUUUUUCUCACAAUUUACAAAAUAUGCGAAAUAAGCUAAAUAUUCCUCAGCCCAUGAAAUAUUCUUAAAAAUGCAAAAAAAUAAUCUUUUUCCUACAAACUCAGAAUUAAACGAAUUGUCAACAUUUCUUACUCUCAUAAGACUGCAUAAACUCAGUAACAAUAUAUAAAAACAUAAAUUCGGUCUUUAAUUAUAGUAUAUGUUGUGUAUUAUUUAUUUCGUUUUUUUUUUUUUUAAUAACCAGUAAUUACUUAUUAAUAAGGUACUUUAUUGUGUACCUUUGUACUAUUUGUUAUUAAAUUGUAACUUAAUGUGUAGUCAUUUUGGGUUUUUCUGUUAUGUAUAUAAGAUUUAAUAAAUAAAUACAAUUCUACCUUUAAUAUCAUUCAAAUAUUUCAUUUAAGAGUUAUUAAUGUCCAUUAGAAUGGGAGGUCAUUAACAUUUUUCCCUAAUGCUAUAGUUUUCUGAUUGAAAAUAAUGUAUUUUUUUUUUUAUCAUUAUUUUUGGACUUAUAAUUUUUUUUUUUUAAAUCAUUUUAAGCGCGAAUUUAAAAGUGUUUUACCAAGCAUCAGGUAUACCUAAGUUUAUCAAUCUAAGAUACUUGAUAGAUGUGAUUUCAGUCACAAUGGUGAUGUAAUUGAAAGCAGAAAAAUUUCUACAUGAUGGAAUUUAUUAGAACUUUUUUAACGGGGAAGAUUGUACAUUUGUUUAUAUUAUAAUAUAUCAAGACAUUGAGUACUGACUUCUGAAUUUCUUUGUAAUAAUAAUAAAUAUAGCUUUAUUUGUUGAUAUUAUGGUUGACCAUAAUUAUUAUUCUAGCUAAAUGGAUAAUAAAAAUGCAUAAAUUAAAUACAAACUUGUAUUGAACUUACAUAAUAUAUAAUAUACAGUAGGUUACUUACCUACUUCGUGAGGUUAACCCUUAAGGUUACUGGUUUAAAAUCUUAAUAAAUAUAUCAUUUUAGAUUUCAAGUGGAGCAAAAAAGCUUAUGGUUUUAAAAGAUAUUUUUUUAUCUAUGUGCAAUUUUUUUACAGGGUAAUACUUAUAUUGCUCUGAUUUUUAAGUAUAGUACCUUUUCUAAAAGAAAAUUGGUGUGGGGAUGUACUUUAGGAAAGUUAUUUUCGAUUAUUUCAAGAGUUUUCUCAUCAAAUGUGAAAAACUAUAAAAAAAAAAGGGGGGGGGAAAUUAACAAAAUACAUUACUAAAAUAUUAAGUUUUUUUUUUCUGUGCACAACUUUUUAACCAGCAAUUUUGCUCCAACUUUUAAUGAUAGCAUUAUUUCUAAAAGAAAAUUUCACUAUAUAGAUACUUUAGAGUGGUUAUUUUUUUGAUUUUGCCAAGAGUUUUCCUGAGUGAAUGUGAAAACCCCGGAUGAAACAUGGGAAAACUGAGAAAAACGUAGGAAACUGGGAAAAUCGGUACAGCAUUAAACAAUUAUUAUUAAAAAAAAUGUAUAAAGCCUAUUUAAUUAUUUUACUAUAAUAUGACAUAUAUUGUUGACAAAGCAUCACUAUUAUCUAAACUCCGCUCAAAAUCCUUUUUUUGUUAACAGUUGUAUUUCGUUGCUUGUAGGUAUGCUUUAAAUAAUUUAUAUUAGUGGCUGCAUCCGUCCCUAUUAUCUUAGAACAUCUUUUUUCCUCUUAAACCUAUUUCAAUAAUAUGGUUGCAUUUAACUUUUUCUGAACCUUCGACAAAAGGAUUUUUAAAAUCACCAAUAUAUUGAAUUAUGUCGUUGAUUUCUUUUAUAGAAUUAAACAUUAUAUACUUUUAUUACUACAAAUUGUAAACAAAAUAAGUUUUAAUAAGGAAAUUUAAAAAAACUAGUAAUAAUAAAUGGAUUAUUUUGUGUAAAUUACUAUUUAUUAUUCUAAUGCUAUUAAAGUGCCCAUCUCCCCGUUAGCCUUAUCAUUAGUGUCGGCUAAAGCGCUACCUAUAGUUCCUUUAAAUCUUGAAUAGUGAAACCGGGUAAGACACAUUUGAUUCCCGCCAAUACCGA